AUGAAGGCGUGGUUUGAGAUUAUCACGACCCCGACGGCCGAUACCCCCGGCACGGUCGUCGGCCUACACUUUCCCGACAAGCGUUACCUGUUCGGUCAACUUGCAGAGGGAACACAGCGCGCGUGUACGGAGAGAUCUCAUAAGCUUGCUUCCAUUGGCCAUAUGUUCGUGACGGGUCGGACAGAAUGGGCUAAUACCGGAGGCAUGAUUGGUGUCAUCUUGACCCAGGCGGAUGCGCUGAAAUCUUCAAAUGAUGCCAUGGAGGAAGAGAAUAGGAAAAAGGCAGAUCGCAAGGCUACAGGCAUGCAGGCCAAGAACAAGAACAAGCCGUCCUCUGGCGCGGAAGAUAUGAGGAAAGUCAACGUGACUGUCCACGGAGCUACGAAUCUAAUGCACACCAUGGCGACGGCUCGGCGCUUUGUUUUCCGCACGGGCAUGCCGAUCUACAUGAAGGAGUAUGACUCGGCGAGCAUCGCAAAGCAGAUUGCUUUCGACAAGGAGGAUCCAUUCGAGACGCCUACCUUCGUUGAUACGAACAUCAAAGUUUGGGCACUGCCUCUCAAGCCUCAGCCGAACGAUGCUUCGAGUCUGACGCGUUCACAAAGCCCGCGGAAGCGAAGCCUGGAUGAGUUCCAGGAGACUGAUCAGGCAGAGUUUGAUCAGAAGGCUCACAACCAGAUGCUGAGACAGUCCAUUGUCUCGGACAUGUUCGAUUCGGACUGGAAGAUAGAUGCGCUUAUUGAGACCCCCUUGGCGGAGGUGAAACUGCCUGCGGCUCUCUUCAUACGCAAUGCGGAGACCAAGGACAUCGAGCCCUACAAGGGCCCCGUCCCCGGUGACGAUAAGCCUUUGCCUGACAUCAAGGUACUUGUUCGGAAGCCUUGGCCCGGUGCCACGGUGACUUCUCUACCACCUACCUCUCCUUCGAAGGAGGCUGUCUCUUACAUCAUUCGGAGUCACGAUAUCAGAGGAAAGUUUGAACCCGCCAAGGCCAAGGCUCUUGGUAUCCCUGAAGGACCGGACUUCGCUCGAUUGACGAGGGGAGAGACCAUCCAGACGCCAGAUGGCAAAACGGUGACCCCUGACAUGGUUCUGGGCGCGCUCCGACGUGGUAAAGGUCUUGCCGUCAUUGACCUGCCAUCACCGGAGUAUGUCGAGGAUCUGGUCAAUCGGCCCGAGUGGAAUUCCCCUUCUGUGAUGACCGAGCUCAAAGUAAUCAUCUGGAUCCUGGGACCGGGUGUGGGCGAGCAUCCCAAGCUUCGAGAGUUCGUUGCACGCAUGCCUCAUGUCAAGCAUACCGUGUCUAGUGUGGAUUAUUGCCCCAACUACCUGUCAUUCAACAGUGCUGCUGGGGCUGCUAUUCGACUUGCUCGUCUGAGAGGCGGGAAUUACCCGAUUCCGGUUCAUGACAAUGUGGCUGUACCGCAGGCUCAAAGUAAUUCCCGUAUCUCGCUGGAGGACUCACCAUUCGAGCCUCUUAAGCCUGGACUUAUUAUCGAUAUGGAGCCGCAAUAUGGCUUCAACGAAACCGAGGUCGUGAAACCGUUGAAUACUGCCAAGACUGUCUUCCAAAUUCCACGCUCUGUGGAGACUCGAAUGGAGGUCAUUCGUACCCGUGUCCAAAAGCCAUCCUUCCAAAAGCAACUAGCUGAGAUGCGUAAGGACCUUCCUGGCGCCGAUGCGGAGAUUGUUGCUCUUGGUACGGGGUCGUCUUCCCCUUCCAAGUACCGCAACGUUUCUGCGACACUACUCCACGUGCCUGGAUAUGGUUAUUAUCUCUUGGACUGUGGUGAGAACACCCUUGGACAGAUCAAACGUGUUUUCGGUUAUGAGAAGGCUCGUGAGAUCUUGCAGAACCUGCGCAUGAUCUGGAUUAGCCACCUUCACGCCGACCACCAUCUCGGAACUGCGUCUGUGAUCAGGGCCUGGUAUCAGGAGAAUUACGGUACAGAGUCUAAGCCGAGCGAGCCGGAGAGUGAUCUUGCCAAGAUCCUCCAGGAGAAGCGCCUGGCUGUGGUUUCUGAUGAGAUGAUGAUUGCCUGGUUGGAAGAGUAUGCCGCGGUGGAGGACUUUGGGUUCGACAAGCUGAUUCCCCUUUGUGCGCACCCUGAUCCAGCAGGGUCUUCCAUCAUAACCAGAUUCAGCUACCGGCACACUCGCUGCGGCAACGGUCCCUAUGGAAUUCAACGGGGUGAAAGAACGAUACUCGACUUCAAGGAUGAGUCUUCGCCUCUCACACCACUCCUCAAGUCUGCCCUCGGCUUGGAUCACAUCCUCACUACUCGCGUGAAACACUGCAAGGGCGCCCUCGCCGUGUCCAUCGUCUUCCCCGAUGGCUUCAAGGUCUCUUACUCUGGCGACUGCCGACCUUCGGACAAGUUUGCCUCCAUUGGUCGCGACUCGACCGUGCUCAUUCACGAAGCCACCUUCCAGAACGACAUGGUCGGCUCGGCUCUUGCGAAGCGUCACUCCACCGCGGCCGAAGCCCUCGAAGUCGGCCGCCGCAUGGGUGCCCGCUCGAUCUUCCUUACCCAUUUCAGUCAACGGUAUCAGAAGAUCGCGACUGUCGACCAAAAUGCAGGCACCAGCAGGGAUGGCGAACUGACGUCUUCUAGUACUUCCGAGAAGAUAGCCGGCGCCGCGGACAAGGAGCCUGUCGACCCUGAUAUUCCCCUUGACGAGCCUGAGGAGCAGCCAGCUAGCUUCCAGUCUGCCGCAAACCUCCUCGAUGACAUUUACUUCCCGUUACCUGAUCGCCCCGCUUUGCCGCGCAGCGAUCUCAUCCCAGGUGUGAACGUACCCGUCGCCGCGGCGAUGGACUACAUGCGCGUGAAGGUUGGCGACCUCGCUCUGGCUCAAGCGUAUGCCCCUGCCGUUGAGAGACUCGUUGAACUUUUGGAGAGAGAUACCAACCGGCAAGCGGAGAUCGCUAAGCAAGCCAUCCGCGAGGCGGACGAAACUCGCAAGGCGAAGAAGAAUAGAAAGUUCGCGAGUAAGAAGGGUGUCGCCGUGGCUGCGGCUGUGGCUGUGGUUGCUACGGGGGCCGAUGAGGAGAAGAAUGGUGCUGAGGCCAAACCUGAGCCUGAAAUACCAGCACACUCCGUGUGGAGUGCCAGUGAGAGUGAGGCUGGGUGGGAGACGAGUGACUACGAGGAGUGA